GUCCCUGAGUUCCAGAAACGGCUCAAGAGCAGCUCCCAUAGAGAAGCAGCAGUUGGCUGUCCGCCCCCUGCCGCCCGUCGUCCAAGGGAGGAUCAGUCAGGAGGCCUGCCUACCUGCCUGCAGCAAUCAGUGCCUGAGAGUAGGCGUGAGAGUCGAGAAUGGCGGUCGGCGUGCUGCUGACCGGCACGAUUGUCUUUGCGGCUCUCGGAGUGGCAGCGUGCGUCAUCUUUCCCUUCUGCACCGCCUACGAGACGGAGAACAUCACCAAAGGGGAAUCCAUACAGUGAGCCACGCACAGACCGCACUGCUUGCCUUGCACUGGAGUGCCAGAAAGGCUGACUGGUUGGACUGAGAGGAAUGAAGCCUAGACUGGUGUGGUGCAUGCCAUGCACUGCAUGCCAUGUGGUAUUGUGUCUGUGUGCGUGUGUGUGUGUGUCCAGAUUGACCAUCGUAUGCAUCUCAGUAGCGACGGUCUGCCUCUGGGGAUUGUAAGCCGCCAUGAGAAAAGCAACUCACAGACGCACGAAUCGUCGUUCUCUCCCUCCCAUUCAUUCUGUUCGGUUGAUGUGAUGCCUCUGUCUGUGUGUGUCUUCUCCCUCCCUCCCUCCCUCCCAUGUCAGUUGGAUAUCGAUGUACAUGCACCAGAUGAACCCGAUGAUCCUGCCGGAGAGGGCGGUGCACUGACGGACGGACCCACCAAGACAACACACACAACACAACAGCACAGAGCAGAUACGAGAAGACCCCGAGAAGGAGGCAUGACGUACGUGGCUUGGCGUGCGUGGCUGUCUGCCGGACGGACGGACGGACCGAAUGGAUGAGUGAGUUGACUGCAUGAGAUGAGAUCGGACCAUGCAUGAGACUCACUGACUAACCCGCUCGCCCGCUCGACAGUCAAGAGAAGGCUUUUUCGGUCGGUGCCACCAAGUAGGUCCCGAGCAGCACUCACUGCUUGUAUGGAUAUGUGUGUGAGAAUGUAUGUGUGUGGGUAUAUUCGAUGACAAUCUGGCCGACGUUUGUGUAAGCUGCCUAUACGUGUGUGUAUGUGUGUAGAGCAGCCACCGGCUCGCC